UCUUCUUCUCUUCUCAUUAUUCACACCUACACUAUUUUUACUCUACUAUUAUUUCAUUCUCCUUUUUUUUUUCUUUUUUCCCAAUUUUGCCCCUCCUCUGCGAAGAAGAAGAAGAAAUUGCGAAAUUUUGAUUCAUAAAGUUUUAACUGAUGAUGAUUGUGGAGUUGGCUUGAGAUCCCCUGUUGUUGGUUCUACGCUGGAAUUCUGUGCACAAGCAGCAAAACAGAAGUGGUUUUACACGCGUUGGAUCACGAUUUAGGGUUUUCCGCAAAUUUAGGCCCUUUACAUAAUAUGGCUGGGAGUUCAGGUGGCAGUACUGACCUUGACAGCCAGUCAGAUGAUAGCUCUCAAGUCGAGAAGCUGCAUGUAGAGCCCAUCUUCAGCCCAUUUGUUUGUCCUUUAACAAAGCAGGUUAUGCGCGAUCCUGUAACCAUAGAAAACGGGAACACUUUUGAACGGGAGGCAAUUGAGAAAUGGUUCAGGGAAUGUAAGGAAAGCGGAAAGAAGCCUAUAUGUCCAUUAACUUUGGAAGACCUGAAAAGCACGGAUUUGAACCCUAGUAUAGCUUUAAGGAACACUAUUGAAGAAUGGACUGCCAGGAAUGAAGCUGCUCAGCUUGAUAUGGCACGCAGGUCAUUAUCGACAGGCUCUUCGGAAAAGGAUAUUCUGCAAGCUUUGAGAUAUGUGGAGUAUAUUUCAAAAGGAAGCAGAUCAAAUAAGCAUGCUGUUCAUGAUCCUGAGAUAGUUCAUUCAAUUGUUGAAAUGCUUAGAAACAGCAGCAGGAAAGUUCGAUGUAAAGCAUUGGAAACUCUUCGAGUCAUAGCAGAACAGGACUCAGACAUGAAGGAAAUAUUGGGUGAAGGUGGCACUGUACGCACCAUAGUAAAAUUUUUGACCCCUGAACAGUCCUUAGAGAAAGAAAAAGAAGAAGCUGUUGCUUUGCUGUAUGAGCUUUCUAAAUCUCAGAAUCUUUCUGAGAAAAUUGGUUCAAUUAUGGGGGCAAUUCUUAUCUUAAUUGGGAUGACCAGCAGCAAGUCGGAAAACAUUUUGACUGUUGAGAAAGCUCAUAAAACAUUGGAUAAUCUGGCCCAGAGUGAAAAUAAUGUGCGGCUGAUGGCUGAAAGUGGUAGACUGCAGCCUCUUCUGACACUGCUACUUGAAGGAACUCCUGAAACUAAAUUAUCUAUGGCUUCAUUCCUUGGUGACCUGGGUCUAAACAAUGAAGUCAAGGUUCAGGUUGCUGAAACUGUUGGUUCGUCACUUGUGAAUCUCAUGAAAAAUGAUGACAUACAGUCUAGAGAAGCCUCCUUGAAAGCCCUGAACCAGAUUUCGUCGUAUGAUGCAAGUGCGAAGGUAUUAAUUGAAGCGGGGAUUCUUCCUCCCUUAGUGAAGGACCUAUUUGGUGUUGGUGCGAAACAGCUUCCCAUGCGACUGAAAGAGGUUUCAGCUACUAUUCUUUCACAUAUUGUGGAUUCAGGAUAUGACAUUGACUCAGUUAUAAUAGGGCCUGAAAACCAGACCCUAGUUUCUGAAGACACUAUACAUAGCCUCCUACAUCUCAUCAGCAACACUGGUCCAUCCAUUGAGUGCAAACUCCUCCAGGUUCUUGGUGGACUGACUAGUCAUCGUAAAACUGUUGUAAAUGUGGUUGCUGCCAUCAAAAGUUCUGGUGCUACCAUCAGUUUGGUUCAGUUUAUUGAAGAGAGGGAUUUGCGUUUAGCUGCCGUGAAACUUCUGCAUAAUCUCUCUCCUUUCAUGGCCCAAGAACUAGCUGAUGCUUUACUUGCUUCAGGCCAACUUGGAGCCCUCAUCGGAAUCAUAUCAGAGAGCAAUGGAAUCACUGAAGAGCAGGCUGCAGCUGUUGGCCUAUUGGCUGAACUUCCAGAAAGAGAUCUUAAACUAGCUCGGCGAAUGCUUGAAGAAGAUGCGUUCAGGCUUAUUAUAUCUAGAGUCAAGAGAAUCAGGCAAGGCGAAGCGAGGGGUGGCCGGUUUAUGACUCCAUACCUAGAAGGUCUGGUUCGUUCUCUUGCAAUGGUAACAUAUGUGUUAGCCGAAGAUCCAGAGAUAUUGGCUUUCUGCUGCGAGCAAAAUCUCGCAUGGUUAUUCAUUGACUUGCUUCAGGCUAAUGGGAUUGACAAUGUGCAAAUAGCUUCUGCUUGGGCUUUGGAGAACCUUUCUUCAGAAUCCAAAAACUUGACAAAAAAACCAGAGCUCCCACCCCCUCCAAUGUGUGCAUCCAUGUUUUCCUGUUUCAGCAAACCCCCUGAAAUAUCAGGAUUAUGUCCUGUUCAUCAAGGUCUGUGUUCGUUGAAGGACACAUUUUGUCUGGUGGAGGGUCACGCCGUUGAAAAGUUGGUAGCCCUUCUAGAUCAUACGAAUGAGAAUGUUGUUGAGGCAUCACUUGCCGCUUUAUCAACUUUGUUGGAUGAUGGAGUUAACAUUGAAGAAGGGGUUGUGAUUUUGCAUAUGGCUUACGGAACCAAACCUAUUUUGGAUGUUUUGGUUGAGAAACGAACAGAAAAUCUCAGGAAGAGGUCGGUUUGGGUAGUCGAGAGGCUCUUACGGAUGGAUAAAAUAGCAUAUGAAAUUUCGAAUGAUCAGAAUGUUGGAACAGCUCUUGUCGAUGCUUUCCAGCAUGGAGACUACCGCACUCGACAAAUUGCUGAGCGUGCAUUGAAGCAUGUUGAUAGGAUUCCUAAUUUCUCUGGGAUAUUCCCGAGUAAUGCAUAACCGUCUCUGGAUUUCUGCUAUUUUUCAAGUUUCUUCUCUGGAUAUUCCCAGGCUAUGGGUAGUCUCUGACUUUCUGCCAGUUUCUCGGGUUUCAAAGUUGUUAGGAUAUUGAUGAUUUCACAUACAUUGCAUAUUAUUGUAGUUUAGUAGGGAAUGGAAAGGGUGCCAAAAUUGUAAAAGUUUGUAUCAUGUUUUUUUUUUUUCCCAAUGCUUGUUGUAAAGUCCAUUGUUUCAAUCUUCUAUAGGCUUCAAAAGUCUUUCGCAUCAUUACACAAUGAAUCUAGUUUCAUUCCCCAGUAUUCUUAUAGAUUACACAUUGAUAAAAAAAACUUAUCUUAUACAAUAUACGCAAGGGAAACUUGAAUUGUUGAAAUACUGGUUCUUAUUAAUAUGAUUUUUAUUGCAAAAUUUUGGAUAAAUCAUCCUAAUUAUUGUGAGA